AUGAGCGUAGUGUUGACCAGUAUGGAGAGUGCCUACAGUUUAAGGCUAGGUUUGAGCCACCACUCGCACCUCCACAACCACCUGCUCAGGUCGCCGUCUCCAAAGGUUGAUACCAUUUCUGCCAUUUCUACCCAGCACCAACCGGUCCAGGACAAUGAUCCACCAUUAAGGUUCAGCAUUGUCAACAUACUCCGUCCGGAAUUCGGCCGCAGUGCAAUUCUAAGCACCAAGUCUCACACUAGCCCCACCAAGUGCAAAUCUCCGUCAAACCCUAAAGACUUGUCGCACUCUACAGCCAAAAUCCUGGCACUCAGUUCGAGUUACGCGGUUCACCGUGACAGAGAGUACUUCGGAGACUCGUCUCCAAUCCAAAGGCACUCUGGUCUGAGCAGAAGUGGCAGUCUUGAGAGCCUCGCCAGCAACCGCAGCUCUCUGACGGGAUCUCUUACUGGAACACCCUCCUUGUCAUCAGCCGCCUCCACUGCUGCGGAAUCCGUCAGCGGGGACAGUCUUCCUAGUUCUACCAGUAGUAAUCCUAGUUUGUGGCCCGCUUGGGUUUAUUGCACUAGAUAUUCUGACAGACCUUCUUCUGGCCCUAGAACUAGGAGAGUAAAAAGAGCAGAGUCGGAAAAACUAACUCCUGAAGACAAAAGACCCAGGACUGCUUUCAGCGCGGAACAACUCGCUAGAUUGAAGACUGAGUUCAAUGAAAAUCGGUACCUCACUGAACCAAGGCGCCAGCAGCUUUCUCGCGAGCUGGGGCUCAAUGAAGCGCAGAUCAAAAUUUGGUUCCAGAAUAAGCGCGCUAAGAUUAAGAAAUCUAGCGGGAAGAAAAAUCCACUUGCUCUUCAGUUAAUGGCUCAGGGGCUUUAUAAUCACUCUACUGUGCCUGUUGAUGAUGAUGGCGAGGAAAUUAUGCCUAAUUAA